CAUCCACUAGGGGGCAGCGGGCGCCUCCUCUCCGUCCAAGCUCACCGCGGGCAAGUGGCGGGUCGGCCUGGCUGUGGCGGGGGACGGGCGGGGCGGGGGGGGGCGCGCUGGUGUCGCUCGCGAGAAGGCCUGAGCCGAAGGAAGGGCCCCCGAGAGGCUGCGGGAGCGUCGCCGCUGUCACUCCAUGCGCAAGAUGCUGCUGGCCGCGCUCUCCCGUCUCCUGCAAGGCCCCGCUGCCCACCACAAGCCGGGAGCUGUUAGUGAGGCUGCCCGUUUGGUGGUCGCAUCUCGUAACUAUGCAGAUUUUGCAAAUGAGGCUUCAUUUGACAUUAAGAAAUGUGAUCUCCAUCGCUUGGAGGAGGGUCCACCCACUACAGCAGUUAUGACUCGAGAGCAAGGUCUGCAGUACUAUAGGACUAUGCAGACUAUUCGGCGUAUGGAGCUGAAAGCAGACCAGCUGUAUAAACAGAAGAUUAUCCGUGGCUUCUGUCACUUGUAUGAUGGUCAGGAAGCCUGCUGUGUAGGACUCGAGGCCGCCAUAAAUAAGACAGAUCAUUUGAUCACUGCCUACCGGGCUCAUGGCUUUACAUAUACGCGUGGCAUUGCAGUUCGUGAAAUCCUUGCUGAGCUCACAGGCCGUAAAGGUGGAUGUGCAAAAGGCAAAGGAGGCUCUAUGCAUAUGUAUGCCAAAAACUUCUAUGGUGGUAAUGGAAUUGUUGGUGCCCAGGUUCCUUUGGGAGCUGGCAUUGCCUUGGCAUGCAAGUAUUUUGGCAAAGAUGAAGUCUGUCUUACUUUAUAUGGAGAUGGUGCUGCCAAUCAGGGUCAGAUAUUUGAAACGUUUAACAUGGCAGCCUUGUGGAAGCUGCCAUGCAUUUUUAUCUGCGAGAACAACCGAUAUGGAAUGGGUACGUCGGUAGAAAGAGCUGCAGCCAGUACAGACUACUACAAAAGGGGAGACUUCAUUCCGGGACUUAGAGUUGAUGGUAUGGAUAUUCUUGCUGUAAGGGAAGCAACGAAAUUUGCUGCUGACCAUUGCAGAUCAGGGAAGGGCCCUAUGGUGAUGGAGCUACAGACUUAUCGUUAUCAUGGACAUAGUAUGAGUGAUCCUGGAAUCAGUUACCGUACAAGAGAAGAAAUCCAAGAAGUGAGAAGCAAAAGUGAUCCCAUUACACUCCUGAAGGACAGAAUGGUGAACAACAACUUAGCUAAUGUGGAAGAGUUAAAGGAGAUUGAUGUGGAAGUAAGGAAGCACAUUGAAGAUGCAGCACAGUUUGCCACAACUGAUCCAGAACCAUCCCUUGAAGAACUAGGCAAUUGCAUUUAUAGUAAUGAGCCUCCCUUUGAGGUGCGUGGCCCAAAUCAGUGGACCCGGUACAAGUCUGUUGGCUAAUAUGAAAGUUAUAACUCCAGCACUAAGUUUAAAGGUUGGCUGUUGUACUGGGCCUUAAUUCCUUGCCUCUGUUCUGUGGAAUAGGAACAACAUUAUUGCUCAAAAGUGGAUUUGGCAGCAAAAUAAACAUUGCAUUGAGGGGAAGAGAUAACAUGGUGUCUUGAGAGACUGAGCUGCUUGGCAAAAGAACUGUAUCAAGCUGUGUUUAUUAAUGUGUAUACAAGCUUAGUCAUGGUCUGUAUUGCUUUACUUAUCAAAAGAGGAAGAAAUCUUUAUGUAAAAUAAAAUAACCAGUAUAUUAAAGCCUCCUGAACAGAUAGUUUUGGUGUG